AUGUUUGAAAGAGGAAAUGAUAUGAAACUCACAGUAGGCAGCAUAUCUGCCUUUCCCAGCAAUCUGUCCAUAUGUUAUUUGGAAACAAGAAAUAUCACAUAUGCUUGUGUUGUACAGAAAACUCAGGUGCAUACGGUCAACUGGGACAGCAAAAACGAAAGCGUUAACUGGGACAGUAUCAAUAUAUCGGAUACCAACACCGAUAAACCUGUCAAUGUGAUACAGGCUGCCUUGGUUCUUCCUAGCGCUCGCACGCUGCCUUUAUUAGUUGUUGGAACUACUUCUGGAGUACAGAUCUUCGACAUUAGAACGCAAAAGCUUCUCCAGCAAGAAAACAUCGAGGUUGGAAUAGAGGAACCUGAUGAUUCCGCAUUCUGGAAUAGUUUUUGCAGAGGAAUCACAUGUAAUAACAACACGAUUUUGAUAGGUACGUCAUUUGGUCACAUUAUACAGUUUCUCUGUACUGGCGAGACAUCCAUCGCUGCCAAAAAAUGUCUGAAGGAACAUGCAGCAAGUAUCGCAGACAUCGCUACCUGCCGUUAUGACGAAAUUACAUGUUCUGGUGAUUGUUCAGGCACAAUCAUUGUAUGGAGCAAAAAUGUCAAAGGAGUGCAAUUGAAAAUAGCGACGCAGCACCCAAUCACUGCCAUGAACGUUCUGCGCAAACAGGUGAUUUUGGGCACAGUUCGAGGAAAAGUUCUGUUUUAUGCAGUUGCUAAUGGCGAGCUUAUGGCCGAGGUUUGCGCCCACGCAAGAUCGGUGACAUGCAUCUCCGUCGCUCCUGAAAGUGCCUACGUGCUGACUGCUGCGGAAGAUGGACGAUUUAUUGUAUACAAAUUACAUACCAGAAAACCACAAGCAUACCAGGUCGAGUACCGAUACUCUGAUGAACUAGCAAACUGUGCCAUUAUGGGAGCUCAGUUCACGAACGGUCGAGGAAGUAACAUUGCAGUGGCAUGCUUCGAUCGUAAUGCCAUCUAUGGAUACCGUAUUUUCGAAAUGUUGAUGAAAACAGGCGACGAAGACAGGCAUAGGUAA